AUGGCAACAAACGACAUAAAGAUGGACGGGAGCACCACUCUGGAUCCAAGGUUAUUAUUCCGGAUCCAAAGUUAUCACGCAGGAUCCAAAGUUUUUACUCUUUAUUCAAAGUUAUUAUUUCGGAUCCAAAGUUAUUACUCUGGAUCCAAAGUUCAAUAUUACUCCGGAUCCAAAGUUUUUUUAAGGAACUGUAAGUUCGGCACAGUGUGAAAUUCGACGUUUGAACUGGGCCUUAGUUCUAACGUUGUUCGUUAUUAAUUAAACUCGCUGGAACUACCCUAAAACGGCCAAAAAUGCUAAGAAAACACCAUAAAUUUAGACACGGACACAAGGUCAAGAUUACUAAAUUUUGACCCCUAAAUAAAGAUCGCUUAAAUCUCCCUACAAACCCUUAUAAAAUUUCUGUUACGCAACAACGAUUCUCACUCCUGAGUUUGGGGUACCUGUGGAAGCACUUUUUAUUAUUUGAAUUACUUUCUGAUUAUAAGAUGUGGUCUUAGUUUAUAUGUUCUUAUUAUGUUCUCUAUACUGCAAAACAGUCCGUAUUUUUGCGUAUUCAAGUACGUGCGAGCAGUCAAACAAAAGGUCUGGAACGACGCUGAUAACAGAGAGCGAGAGACUUAUGCCACGCUUUACCGAUUUCUUUACUCAUUUUGA